AUCCUAAGAUGUGAUUUCAAAAAUGGCGGAUUGCCCCUAUGCCCGCUGCAUACAGGAACGCAGACACAUCCGACGGGAGCUGCUGCGAUGGACAAAGAAUAUGGUCUUCGUAGUCGGUCUGGAACGGGUAGCGGAGGAGUUGAUGGGCCGUAGGAGAUGGAAGCAAUACCAGGACACCCUGUACAGCGGCACCCGCAGCAGCGAAUCACAGCCCCACCAUCGGCUUUACCCGGCGUUGUCGUCGUCCUGCAACCCGAUACCUGGGAGUCUGGACCAGAUUGGGCCGCAGCUGCAUCACCCGGCACCCACGUCGUUGUCGUCGACGGUGCUAACGACGGCGACGACCACGACGACAACGACGACGACGACGCUUGCGACCGGUGUGGUGAAACAGGAGAGUCUGCAGAGGCAUCAUCUGCAGAACCACCAUCACUUACCCGCGCCGGUUCAGGACCAUUUACAGCAGCAACAGCAAGAGGAUUCGCGCCGUCUAAGGCCGGGCGAAGUCAAGAUCGAGGCCGCCGACGAGGAGCUCACAGACGGUGCCGCGCGGGAGGAUACUUCGACGAGGACGACGGAUACGACGACGUCGACGACGGUGACGACGACGGCGGAAGUAGCGACAACGACGGCAACGGCGACGACCAUCGGCAUCGCGACGACCACGUCGACAACGACAACCGCGACCGGCACGACGACGAUAGCGACGAGACGGCGACGUGGACGCCGGCAAAACGACGGGCAGGACGUCGACGGGGAGGAGGACGGCGAAGAGAACGACGAGGAAACGGGACGGGGCCAGAACGAAGCGGAGAAACGGCUCAAGCUCGACGAGGACGCCGACAGGUCGGCGGUCAGCCCUCUCAGAACGGAGAACGAUCGUGCGACUCGGGAUCAUCCGACUGCCAACGCUACCGACACGGAAGGGACCAAGGAACGAACGGAGGAAAUCGCGUUGGAGCGGGCACCGGUAACGCAGGGCUUACUGAGGGUAAAGAAAGAGGAGGAGCUGCAGGAAGUACCGGGUUCUGGCGGUACCACGAUACUGACGACACCGGCGACGGAUUCGGAAGGGACCAGGUCGGGGCUGUUAUGCCGCGACGGGAACGCAGCCGCGACGAGCGUCGCGACGCCGUUUCUCCUUGGAAGACGCACGAGCCCGCCGCCGGAGGACUGGAAGCCGCUCGACAAGUGUUACUUCUGCCUCGACGGCAAGCUACCCCACGACGACCAGCCGCCCCUUAGUCCGCAGAGCGACAGUAGCAGCAGCUCGCGAUCGGCGGAGUCACCGAUGUCGGUCCAGGUGGAUCCGAUGGCGGCGUCCGUGGUCGCCGCCGCUCUCAGCGGCACUUACCCCACCUUGCUGCCCCAAUGGUGCUUACCGCCGAGGGAGGCGCCCCUUGUUGGGGUGCAGACCCAUCAGGACAGCGCCGCGGCGGCCGAUCAACCGCUCGAUCUCUCGGCCAAACCCAGAAAUUCUCAGGACAACAACAUAUCUCUAUUGGAGCAACAGAAAAUACCUCUGAGAAUGCCGACAGGCAUCGAUCCCAAGACUAUCCUGAACUCGUGUUACCGCGCGAAACCGCGAAUGACCGGACCGGUUGUGACCGGCGGCAGCGGCGGGGGGACUUAUACCGAGGAGGAACUGCAGGCCGCCCUCAGGGACAUCCAGAGCGGCAAGCUCGGCACGCGGAGGGCAGCGGUAAUCUACGGGAUACCGCGUAGUACUCUGCGCAACAAGGUCUACAAGCUCGCGAUGGAACGCGAAAGGGACGCGUCCCUGACUAGCACCCAUUCACACCCUCACGAGCCCGGCGCCCCAGCCACCACCACCACCACCAUCACCACCACCACCACCACCACUACUACUACUACAACACCACCAAAUACGACCCAAAACGCCUCCGCGACCACUCCGCCCCCGCAAGUGGACGAGGUGGACGACAAAGAAUUAUCCGGUGCAGAAGAGGAGAAGGAAGUCGAGAAGGCCCUGUUGAAGCCUCUGCUGUCAUUGGAGGAUCUCGUGAGGUUUUCUACACUCGAAGGAACUGGUGGUGAUUCUCUCAGAAACUUGUUGCAACGAGGACAUGAGACAGGAGCCGAAUGGCCGGGAUUAGAACACGCGAACAUCGGUCCCUAUAUUCAGAAAAUGUUGGCUGCCGCUGCACCAUUAGGUAUGGACACGCGAGACUAUCGCAUACCCGAAGUAAUGAGGAAGCUGAUGAGUGAGGACAAGAGGUUGAACAAGAACGUGAACGGUGAUCAGUCACAGUCGCAUCACCAUCAACACCAUCCUCUCGCCGCACAUCAGCAGUCACAAUCGCAGCAGCAGCAGCGAGGGCCCAUGACGAACGACGACUUCAAUCCCAAUAUCGAGGAAGAAGCCAGCGACAGCGCUCAGGGCAGAGCGAUAUUGAAAAUUCCGUCCUACAAGCCCGCCAGCACGCCGGGCUGUUCCAGCAAGAACGGCGAGCCAACUUCCGCCGCAUUCGCCCAGAGCUUCGCGGCUGCCGCCUCGAGUCCGGGCCUUCUGGAACGAGCUAGUCCAGCGUUUUCCAGUACCAGCAGCCCCACGAAUUCGUUGGUAGGCAAAGCGGUGGCCGUCAAUUUCCGCGACGUCAUCGCCAAGAGCAUCAGCGUCAAGUUCCAAGAGGGUCAAACGCCCAGCGGGGCUGGCAUACCGGGCUGCCAACCAGCCGGUGUGGUUCCAUCGCAGCAGGCCAUGAUAACAGACCCGAGUCUGUUCAAGAGGGGUCGGUACACACCUCCACAGCCGCCACAACAACAGCAACAGCAGUCGCCGGCACAGCAAUCGCAAUCCAAGCAGCAGUCUCAAGAGGCGAACAAAUCGAAACCGGGUACUGGCGGUAAGGGCACCAGACCUAAACGCGGAAAAUACAGAAACUACGACAGGGAUAGUCUUGUCGAAGCGGUACGCGCAGUUCAGCGCGGCGAGAUGAGCGUGCAUCGUGCUGGCAGCUUUUAUGGAGUUCCGCACUCCACCCUUGAGUACAAAGUCAAGGAGCGGCAUCUCAUGAGGCCGCGCAAGAGGGACCAGAAGCAACCGGACGACAAGUCGAAGGAGACUGCGACGACGGCAGCGGCGGCAGCGGCGGCCGCGGCGAUGCGGCCGGGCACUGCUGGCGUCGACAAGAAGCCGCAGCUGAAGCCGCAGAAACCGUUCACACCGCCCGGCGGUAUACCCGGUCCGAAUGGACUGAAAAUGCCUCCGUUCAUGGAGGGCAUGCCCCACCUGCCAUUCGGACCCUUUAACUUCUGGAACCCGACGCCCUUCAUGCCCUCCCCCUUUAUGGGUGGCGCGCCGAACGUGCCGAUCCUUCCGGAACAAUAUUUCGCAUCGCAGAGAAUGCGUGGGCUGCAGGAGCAACAACGAAACGCCACGAUGGUACAGCAGCAGCAUCAGCAACGAGACCGAGAUGGAGUUGGCGUAUCCGGAACGGCAGACGCGGCCGGAACUUCGAACUCUCGAAGCGCUUCGAUGGCGAAGGCGCCGCGCGACAUGGUGGAGAGCAUUUACGAUGGGCCCGGGGCGAACGGCAGUUUCCUGGACAAUCUGAUCAGGUCGAGCCUUGAGACAGGCAUUCCAAGGGACCAGCGGGCGAUAGCGGAGGCGAGAAAUCAGCAACAGCAAUCGUCAUCGCAACACCCGGAGACGAUGAGUAGCAAGACACUGAUCGAUCAGCUUUGCAGAAACUCGAGGAGGACCCCGCUGCCGCGGAUGGCGCAAGACAGUAGCGAGGACGAAAGUUAUCGAGGACCAACGGGCAGGAUAGUGCCAGAGAGACCGGAGCGCGUGCCCACGGUUGACCUUAGCCCUUCACCGUCGGAGAGAGGUCGCACGGAAGACGGCAGCGAUCGGCUGACGUCACCACCGACACCUCUGUCGAUUUCCCGAGCGGGUAGCAGGGACGAGGACAGCACCCGUGACUCGAGGAUCGAUCGCAGCAGCAGAGAGCGCGAGGUUCACAACGGCGGCCAGGAGGAUCGCGACCGGAAGCAGCCUCUGAGUCUGCAACAGCAACAGCAGCAGCAGCAGCAGCAGCAGCAACCACAGCUGAAUCACUACCCGGACUUACACAACCUCUACGCCGCGUCAACUGACAAAAAAAGUGCCUGUGAUAGUAAGCUUAUAGUAGAUCAUUCGAGCCAGAAGACUCAGCCGCAGCAACAACAAAAGGAAUAUGCUGCCGUGAGCGGGCUGGUCGUGCAAUUGCAGAGGGGCUACAACACCGCGAGCAGCAGAUCCGGCGAGCCGACUAACAGCCAGCAGCCGGCGGCGGCGGAGCAGCGCGGCACCGCGCUCAGCAUGGAGGACUCCGUAGAGUAGACGAAAUUAAUAUAGCAGGCAGACCGUUGGACCAAGACGAAAUUGACAGAGACGAAAGUCAGAGUAGGAAGGAUCGGAGGCCAGACGAACGCGAGAAAACGGCGACAAAAAGAAAAAUAAAAUGGUACUGUAGUGCGGGCCAGGAUUUCCUAUUUUUCUCGCAUAGUCGAGCGUAGUUGCGGGAAAAUGACGCGAAUAAAUAUACAGAAAAGAGGAGGAUAGAGCAGCAGAAGUGAAAAAGGAUGAUCCACACGCACUCAUCUCAUGACUCUCUUUAAAAGUAACGACUGAAAGACUCUAGGCUGUACAUAAAGUAUAAGGCAUGUAUGUUCGGUGUUUUAAAAAUGCAAAAAUUCCUUAUUAAUGCAAAAAAAAUUAUACCUACGAAAAAAGUAAACCAUAUAGGCAAGGCUACUCUCUCGGUGUUUUUUGGAACUAAACUUAAAAUUUACCCUAUUUAAAGCAAAAAACC